AUGGCGCUGCGCGGCGCGCUCACCGCUCACCGCUCUCCGCAUCAGUCGCCUCCCCGCCGCGACGCGGAGAGCGGGUCGGGCCUCCCACCGCCAACACCGCGCUCAGCGUCCGGCAGGUCCCCGCGUGUGCCUCUGCUGGCAGGCGCUCGUCGCGGCGCUUCGUACGGCUUGCAGGUGACAAAUUGUUGUCAAGCCUUCCAUGAACUUGGUGCUCUGCUGCCUGUUAUGCGCUUCCGCCACUGUGCUCUCCGCAACCAAUCAAAAGUCCACAGCAGUCGCAUCGAAUGCGAAGACGCGUGCUUACCACAUGCGUGGUCCGGGCACGGCCUUCCUCAGAGACAGUGGGCAUGAUAUUCGGCGAGCCUACCCGACCAACGACAAAAUCCCUGGAAAUGGACAUCAAGGUUUUACAUCACCCUACAUGAGUGACCAUGAAGCCAUGGGCGACGCAAAUUGCCCACCACUAGAUUCACUUGACUUUUUACAUUACAAUAAAAGUAACGCGCAAGAAGUGGAAAAGUUGGAGAAGGAAUAUCCAUGUGAACUUCGAUUGUACUGGAAGAGUGCUAAUAUACAAAACCUAGUUUCAGUUGUACGAUUUCUUUUCAAAUAUGUGACAAUUGUUUUGAUAAUAACAGGUUUACUGGUUAAUAUUUAUUCACUCUUUGUGUUAAAUUCUCCACCAAUUAACAAAUGCAACAUGUCUGUCUAUCUAAAAGCGCUGGCACUAUCAGACAUAGGAGCACUGAUAUUUAAUGUCAGUGUAGGAGUACUACGAGCAAGAUGUGCAUGGAUUAGUAACUUCUAUCUGAAUAAUGGAUGGAUGUGCACCCUUCAUAAAAUACUACUUUCAGUUUUCUUCUACUACUCAUCUUGGCUAGUUGUUACAUUUACAAUAGAGAGAGUGCUUAUGAUACGAAAUCCAUUUAAAAUUCACUCAUGGCAAAAUGAAAAACCCGCAAAACUAGCUGUUAUAAUACUAGCAAUAGUAACUCUGGGCCUGGCCUUAAUCAGAUCAUUCACAACACCUGGUUUUGAAAAUGAUAAUAUGUACGGAUAUGAACCUUGUGGAGAUAAUGACCAUAAAAUUAGUCUAAACAUGGUUCCUUUUAUGUUCAUAACCACCAUUGUACCAUCAGUUCUCAUAACUUCUACAAAUAUAUGCUUGUUAAUCCAUGUGCGACAAUCAGCUCAAGUUCAUAACAAUCUGAUGGCAACUGAUGACCACACGGCAACUUAUAAAAUAACAAGAAUGCUGAUAAUCAUAUCUGUUGUUUAUGUAAUAUUGUACUUGCCAGUUGGUAUUACUGGGUGUACGGAACUGUUUUACAGAAAGCAUGAGCCAUCAAAAGAUGAUUAUUUACUUCACAUUAAAUGGGCUAAAAAAAUGAUGCUUCUAAGAUGGAUAAGAGGCCUUUGUUUCUUUCUUUAUUUACUUAAUUAUGUGAACAACUUUUUCUUGUACUGCUUGUCUGGGGACAUAUUUAGGCAGACUGUGAGAGUUUGCCUACCAAAUUACCUCCAAAAAAUAUGUCCUUGCUUGGAUCUAAAAGCAACUACUUCAAGAAAUGCCUGUCAACAAUUUAUAAGCCAUAAUCAAUCAGUGACUCACAGAACAAUGAGAACAUCACCAGGAAUAACCAGUUCACCUGUAUGUUUGGUUUCAGAAACAAGUUAUCAGAAUUCAGCAUUCAUCAAUGAAGAAGAAAAUAUAACACAUCUAUGAAAUCAUAAAUUAAGCUUAAUAAAGGUUCAGGAUUAGUCCAUAUUUUCCAUGAGCUAAGAUUUAAAAAAUUUACACAGAAAUUUAUAUUGAAAGAUUAUACCACAAAGGCAAUGAAACAUUGAAGCAUAAAGUAAUUGCAAUACUUAUGUUGUAAGAUCAAGCCAAAUUUUAAUUCUGCAAAAUAAAGAAUAGUCUUACCUGCCUUAUUUCGUCCAUUCCUUUCAACAUUUGUAUGGUUAGUUUUCCUUUGAUUGCUUU